CCGCUGAAGCUACACUGUGAGGUCUGCUCCGUGGUGUCCAGUUCAGGUCAGAUGUUGGGCCAGGCGGCAGGGCCGGAGAUCGACCACUCCUCCUGUAUCUGGCGUAUGAACAACGCCCCGACGCGCGGGUUCGAACACGACGUGGGGCACCGCACCACCCUCAGGGUCGUGUCUCACACCUCUGUGCCCCUGCUGCUACAGAGGCCUCAGUACUUCUUUGGCCAGGCCAACGACACGGUAUAUGUGGUGUGGGGUCCUCUGAGGAACAUGAGGAAGGAUGGGAAGGGCAUUGUGUACAACAUGCUGAGACAGGCUGUAGAGAAGUACCCCCAGGCUAGGAUCUACCUCACCACAGAGGAACGCAUGAACUACUGUGACAUGGUGUUCAAGAAGGAGACCGGGAAGGACAGGAUCCAGUCUGGUUCGUACCUCAGUACCGGUUGGUUCACUCUGAUCCUGGCCAUGGACAUGUGUAAAGAGAUCCACAUCUACGGCAUGAUCAACGACACCUACUGCAAGUCAGAGGGGUACCGUAAGGUCCCGUACCACUACUAUGAAGCCGGUAGUCGUGAUGAGUGUGCAGAGUAUCUCCUCCACGAGAGCGCUCCGUACGGCGGCCACCGUUUCAUCACAGAGAAGGCCGUCUUCGCCAAGUGGGCCAGAACACACACCAUUAAGUUCUACAACCCGCCAUGGAAACUGUCGUGACCCGGAGGGACCGCAGAUAGCCGGGAGGUCUGGAGGAGGGCCAUUAUUGAUGACAUCACACAGCCGUGUCCACCUCAUCAUCCAGGGACAGGGAGAACGCAGGGCCGCUACCGUUACACCAUAGCAGUGUCCCAAAUGACACCCUCUCCCCUAUAUAGUGCACUAUCGGGCCCUGGUCAAAAGUAAUGCACUAUAUAGGCACGUCUCCCUCCCUUGGCGUUGUCUAGGUGUAUAUGACACUGAAAUGUACAGUCAGAAUGCGCACAUCGUUCUGCAAUCCCAGUCCGUCCAUUACCACUGAGCCUGUAGUCUGAGGGGUUGUAAUUCCCGUCCCACUGCUUGCCUGACUGUAGCACUGAAACCAGACACCCAUCCUGGGCUGAAACGUAGAUGGUAGAGGGUGGUCCCUCCAUGUCCCUCCAUGUCCUCACUGAGCCAUGAACCAAGGCCUUCUGUUCACUAAAACAAUCUGGCCACUGCAGGACAGGCUCAUCCAUCUAUCCCAUUAGAGAAACAACAUGAAGAAGAAACUAUUUCUCCACUCAUUGAAUGUCUGUUGUCAUCUUCUAGAACUCUGUUGUCAUCUUCUAGAACUCUGUUGACCUCUUCUAGAACUCUGUCAUCUUCUAGAACUCUGUUAACCUUUUCUAGAACUCUGUUGACCUAUUCCAGAACUUUGAGCUGGAGAAAAUGUGAUGUCCUAAAGGAGCUCCGGAGCAGGGGUCUUCUUGACCUCCAAUCAUCUGCUGCUUUGAUGUUGUAAAGGUUGGUGAAUGACAAAGGACGGAUAGCUCAACGCAACAGAUACGGGAUAAGAAAAGAAUGAAACCAACAAACUGUUCUUCAUCUCUACAGUAGCUACACACAGACUGUCUCCCUAAUGACACCCUAUUCCCUACAUAGUGCACUACUUUUGACCAGGGCCCUAUAGGUAGUGCACUAUGUAGGUAAUAGGGUCCUUUAGAUGUGCUGAAGCCCUGUACAGUACAGUAUGUAUCUCACAAGUCUGAACUCUCCAAGAUGUUGUUAUUCUAUGUCAGUCUGGGUGUUGAUAGAGGCCUGUUACCAAUCUCUGACCAGCUACACUACUUUAUUCUCCAUCUGGCUGUACCCCCUUUCUGUCUGUCUGUCCACUUAGAAUUAUUGGCUACCAGGGGUGUCUCAAAUGGUGCCCUAUUCCCUAUAUAGAGCACUUCUUUAACCAGGGCCCAUAGAGCACUUCUUUAAACAGGGCCCAUAGAGCACUUCUUUAACCGGGGCCUAUAGAGCUGACCAUAGGGCACUUCUUUAACCAGGGCCUAUAGAGCUGACCAUAGGGCACUUCUUUAACCAAGGCCCAUAGAGCUGACCAUAGGGCACUUCUUUAACCAGGGCCCAUAGAGCUGACCAUAGGGCACUUAUUUAACCAGGGUCCAUAGGGCACUUCUUUAACCAGGGCCCAUAGAGCUGACCAUAGGGCACUUCUUUAACCAGGGCCCAUAGAGCUGACCAUAGGGCACUUCUUUAACUAGGGCCCAUAGAGCUGACCAUAGGGCACUUCUUUAACCAGGGUCCAUAGGGCACUUCUUUAACCAAGGCCCAUAGAGCACUUCUUUAACCAAGGCCCAUAGAGCUGACCAUAGGGCACUUCUUUAACCAAGGCCCAUAGAGCUGACCAUAGGGCACUUCUUUAACCAGGGCCCAUAGGGCACUUCUUUAACCAGGGUCCAUAGAGCUGACCAUAGGGCACUUAUUUAACCAGGGCUCAUAGGGCACUUUUUUAAGCAGGGUCCAUAGAGCUGACCAUAGGGCACUUUAACCAGGGCCCUAGGGCUGACCAUAAGGCUGACCAUAGGGCUAACCAUAAGGCUGACCAUAGGGCUGACCAUAAGGCUGACCAUAUGGCUGACCAUAAGGCUGACCAUAGGGCUGACCAUAAGGCUGACCAUAAGGCUGACCAUAGGGCUGACCAUAAGGCUGACCAUAGGGCUGACCAUAAGGCUGACCAUAGGGCUGACCAUAGGGCUGACCAUAAGGCUGACCAUAAGGCUGACCAUGGGGCUGACCAUAAGGCUGACCAUAAGGCUGACCAUA